UUCCAAAUGAAUUAAAAUAGCAAAUUCUGUCAAUUUUGUAUAAAAAUUCAUCACAGAUCAACUCAACUGCCGGCUGCGACGCAACUCUCAUAUUUCAAAACGAAAUUUAUGAAAAAUCGAAUAUUUCGGCUUCUGUCUGUAACAUAACACGUGAUAAGGCGAUAAUUAUUCUGAACCAACCAUGGGCUACGAUCUAGCGCUAAUCGUUGGCCAUGUCGAUGAGGAGCUCCUCUGUCCCAUUUGUGCGGAUGUGUUGGAGGAGCCCAUGCAGUCGUCCAGCUGUGAGCACGCCUUCUGCCGCUACUGCAUCGAGAAGUGGAUUCAAGAGAAACAGAUCUGUCCGGUGGAUCGCUCCGAUUUACUGCCCAUCCAUUUGGUGCCCGUCUCACGCCUCAUGCGGAACAUGCUUGGACGCCUGAAGAUCAAGUGCAGCUUUGCGGAUAACGGAUGCACAGCGCUGAUGCCUUUGGGAGAGUAUCGGAACCAUGUGGCCAAUUGCCAGAACAAUCCAAAGGUGGUCGUCAUGUGCACCAAAGGCUGUGGCAUGAGGGUGCCCAAGGACGAGCUGACCAGCCACAAUUGCGUCUACGAAUUGCGGGAACAGCUGCAGGAUCAGAUCAGCGAGAUAUCCGAGCUUCGGGACAUGCAGGCACACCAGGAGAGACGCCUGAGCGAACAUCGACGUGAGCUGGAGCUAGUGCAGUAUUAUGUGGCGGCGCUGCGGUCAACCAAUCCGGUAAUACGCAACGUGGGGGACCAGCUGGAUCGCUACUCGCUGAUGCGCUGGGGACGUAGCCUGCCGCUGGCCUCGGUACGCACUUGGGGAAGUCUUAUCUCUACGCCGGACACCCCCAUGCAUAUGAUGGUGCGCGAGGGUCUGCGUGCCAGCGGCUGUCCCAUGCACCUGAUCAAUGUCCUAAUGGACUGCUGCUACGAGGACAGCUGGCCGGAGGGACUGACCACGCUGGAGAUGCGGCGCAUGAAUCUGCACCGGUUGGCGCAGUAUGUGACACGGCUGCUGCCAAUUGUGAUCACCGGGAAGCCCUGUGUGGUCAUCUUGGGCGGCGACAAUGCUCACAUGCCCGAGAAUCUGCGUCCGGUGCUGGGUGUAAUUAUGAUAUUUGUUGAUGGCGUCGAUGAGACGCUUUCGGAGCCGGUUCCACUGCCAGACAGCGAUUAUCUCUAAGUGCAGCUCGUAGGCGUUAAUUCGUGUUCGAUCGGUCAAAAUUAUAUUUGGGCAGAAAAAAAAAAAACAAAAAAACAAAUUUGCUGCCAGUUCAUUUGAGUUCUGCUUCCGUUUGAUAGGGAUGCGCUUAAACAAUGUUGCAUGUGUGUAAAAAUUAUACCAUCUAAAUUAACUACACAAUUUUACUCUUUAACGAUUGGGUAGCACGAAAAAAAAACGCAUCGAUGCGGGGACAAAUUCAAGAGUGCAAAAUUCGAAAACUAUCUAGAGGAACCUUUCGGGAAUCAAAACACUUUGUACAAACAAGCUGAAUAUUUGGAUUGUAUGCAACGAAUUAUAUUUGAUUUGAGCUUUUUUCGAA